GGUUGAAUCAGUGUCAUGUUAUUGUAGAGUGGAUGCAGGCCUGAAAACUGUGGCUGGGGCCAGAAAACUUGUUCCUGGGGCAAAGCUAUGCAUCCAACCUGAUAUUCUACCUAAUGGUCCCAAGCCUAGAAGCCAACGUAGAGGGAGGUCCAGAACACAAGCUCCUUUUCUUCCUGGCCUUCCUGAUGACCUUGCCAUUGCUUGCCUCAUUCGCGUACCUAGAGCUGAUCACAAAAACCUUCGGUUGGUUUGCCGAACAUGGAACCGCCUUCUAUCUAAAAACUACUUUUAUUCCUUAAGGGCGAGUAUGGGCAUGGCUGAAGAGUGGGUCUAUGUUUUCAAAAGGGACCGCGACGGGAAAAUAUCUUGGCAUGCAUUUGACCCCAUCAAUCAGCUUUGGCUGCCACUUCCUCCUGUUCCUGCAGAGUAUUCUGAGGCUCUGGGCUUUGGCUGUGCAGUUCUCAACGGCUGCAACCUUUACUUGUUUGGUGGCAAAGAUCCACUUAGAGGCUCCAUGAGCCGAGUUGUCUUCUACAAUGCAAGAACAAACAAAUGGUUUCGAGCUCCUAGUAUGCUAUGCAAGCGCCAUUUUUCAGGAUCCUGUGUCUUGAACAACUGCCUUUAUGUUGCUGGUGGUGAAUGCGACGGGAUCCAUGGAACACUUCAAUCCGCCGAAGUAUAUGAUCCAAACCGGAACAAAUGGGCAUUUGUUGGUGAGAUGAGCAAUGGAAUGGUGCCCCUCAUUGGAGUUGUUUACGAGGAGAAGUGGUUCAUUAAGGGGCUCGAUUCGAACCGACAGGUCGUAAGCGAAGUUUACGAGCCCUCUUCGAAUAGCUGGUCGGCUGUUAACGAUGGAAUGGUGAUAGGUUGGCGUAAUCCAAGCAUUUCAAUGAAUGGUAGGCUCUAUUCCUCAGACUGUAGGGAUGGUUGCAAGCUUCGUGUUUAUGAUGAUGCCACAGAUUCAUGGAGGAGGUUCAUGGACAGUAAGCUCCACUUAGGGAGCUCCCAGUCCUUGGAAGCUGCAGCUUUUGUCUCAUUGAAUGGUAAGCUCGCUGUUAUUAGGAACAACAUGAGCAUCAGCCUUGUUGAUGUUUCAAAUCCUGGGAUGAGCUUUGAGACCAACAGUGCCCAUCUCUGGGAAACCAUUUCUGGUAUAGGCCAGUUGAAAACUUUUAUGUCAAACCUGUGGUCUAGCAUUGCAGGUAGGACUGGACUCAAGAGUCACAUUGUUCAUUGUCAGGUCCUUCAGGUCUGAAAGGUGAUUUUUCUGCAAGUUUCUUCGUCCGCCCGGCUUGCCUUUGACUUCUGAAACAGGCAAAGAAAUUUUGCCAUGGCUGUUGGAAAAAAGCUUGAUCUCCAUCUCUGUAGGUUCAUGACUGUCUUAUUUAAGUUAAAGGUAUAAAUUCUUUGCAGUGUUGUCUUUUUGAGGAUACAAAAGCCUUAGUUGCUCACUGCAUCAGCAGUGACAGAGUGCAGAAUGUGAGAAAUUUUCAGAAAUGUCUGCAGCUUGUGGUGAUAAUCUGGAUUGCUGAUUAGAGGUUCAAAAUCAAGAGGUUUAAGAUCAGAACAUUGAAAGGAAAAUGAAGAAUAUGAUGUGUAUCAUUCAGUCUGUUUGGCACAGCUGCAUUGUAGCUUUCCUGAGUCAUUUGGUUCAGUUAUUUUUUACUGUGAUUAGGAUUCCUUGCAUUUGAAAUAUGAAAUAAAUAGCCGUUACACGAUUAGGUUUUGAA